AUGUUAGUUACGGCUCAUCUUUUCUACUCUGCUCUAAGCUUCAUAAUCCUUGAAAGGGCAUUAUCGCUGAAACCAGUGUACUUUUCUGGAAAUUGCAAUGCUUUGAAGCGUAACAGAACGGGCUUAAGAGCUCGAUUGGAGAAAGCAAUAAGCACCGCAGCUUGGAUACGCUACAACUGCUAUGUCGAAAAACUUGCUAGAAAAAAUGUCAAGAAUGUCCUCAGCACUAAUCCUUACAAAUAUAAGCAUGGCAACUUGAUACUCGAAGGUUUACUUAUAUACAACAAGUGGCCUUUUGGUGAAGAAGCACUAUUCAGCACAGUAAAACAGUUUGCCAAGGAGUUGAAAAAGGUGAGUUAUCAGCUUUCGUAAAA